AUGAAUCCGAACUCAAUCGACGCUGGCUUGCUUCGUUUCUGUCUGGAACACAGCGAUGGAGGCAACCUCACCGAAACACAGCUGCCGCAGCGGGAUGAAGCCGACUACAAAUGGCUGCGCGCGGCCCUGAACGAUCUGCAGACCGAUGCGGAUCGCAUGAAGAAGCUCGUGGAGAUGCUCAAAUCCUCUGAAUCGUCGGAGACAGACAAGGCCACCGCCCUCGAGGAGCUGCAGUACCUCAUCGAAGAUCUCGACAAUGCCAACGAUCUGUACAAGAUUGGCGGGUUCGAGCCUGUUUUGGCGCUCAUGAACGACAAGGACUCUGCCAACCUCCGCUACUGGGCCGCCUGGGCCGUGGCGACCGCCGUUCAGAACAAUCCAUCGAGCCAGGCCCAGGCCAUGGAGAAGGGCGCCCUCGCCCAGAUCCUGCUGCUGCUCCAGAACGAGACCGAGGACCGCGUGCUGUCCAAGGCCGUGCCGGCGCUGUCGGGCCUCAUUCGCGACCACCCGAAGGCCGUCGAGGCCUUUCUCAAGGCCAACGGCCUGCGCCUGUUGGCCUACCUACUCACCUCGACCAAGGGCGACCAGCUCUCGGCCGCGACCAAGAUGAAGGUCGUGUUCCUCUUCGCCUACCUGUGCCGCGUCGUGCCGCUCGUGCGACACGCCGUGCGCGAGUACUCGCUCAUCAAGCCGCUGGCGGACAUGGUGGCCCGCUCGGACAGCGCCGACCUGCGCGAGAAGGCGCUCGCCUGCCUCCUCGAGGCCACCAAAGACACCGGGCUCAACGUCGAGGCCUGCAGAGAACUUGGCCUGCCCGAGACGCUCAAGGACCGGAUAGCGAGUACCAAGGGCGACGAAGACAAGCAGACCGAGCACGACCUGUGCCUCGCCCUGAACGAGCAGCUUUCCAGCCAGGCCCAGCGAACGGACAAGUGA